AUGUAGUCUUUCUCCAGCUUUUAUCGGAGUGACUUCAGCUCUCUGCCUCUGAGCAAGUGUGUGUGAGUGUGUGUGUUGGAGGGAAAAACGAGUUUAAGAGCGGAAGGGAGGGAGGGAAAGCCAAGCAGCGUUUAUUUUUCUCCCCCCUGUUCCCUGUCACUCCAUCCUUUCUCCCCUAGCCUGGACCACCCUCCAGCCCUGCUUCCAGCCCAAACCAGGACCCCCGACCACCUGAACCACCCCAGGACCCUUUGACUCUCCUCACUUCUCCGCCCCACCAACCACCACCCCUGAGCAGGGAUUCCUUUCGGGUUCUCGUUUGGAGUGCUGAUUGCUAAGAUCUCAGCUUCACACAAUCCUCAGAGCCCAGCUACCUGGAGUAAUUUAGUGUGAAACACCUCAGCUGAACGUGUGCAGCAAAAUCUGUUGGCCAGAGACCCAGUCAACCCCAUUCCACAGGAGUUCUGAAAGCCACAGGUCACAUGACCUGGAAGAAAAAACCCAGGAGGCUUUUGGGAUCGCUCUACGCAUGGGCUGGCUAUCAACCUGAAGGGAGGUCAAAAGGCUGAUGAACUGAUCUGAGUCUGAGUGGGAGCACAUUGAGCUGGUGUCCUGUAUGCCCUGGGAACCCAAACCAGAACAAAUCAGGUGACUGGCUGGCUGUAAUAUCUCUGUACUCCAUCUUCCACUGAGGACAUUCAAGGGCAGAGCCAUUCCCACUUCUCUCAGCAUGGAGAACACCAAAGUCCAGUCAGAGGGUGGGCUGAAUGUCACCCUGACCAUCCGCCUCCUGAUGCAUGGAAAAGAGGUGGGGAGUAUAAUCGGUAAGAAAGGAGAAACUGUGAAAAAGAUGCGAGAAGAGAGUGGAGCAAGAAUAAACAUUUCAGAGGGAAACUGUCCAGAGAGAAUCGUCACCAUCACUGGACCUACAGACACCAUUUUCAAGGCUUUUGCUAUGAUUGCCUAUAAAUUUGAGGAGGACAUAAUCAAUUCCAUGAGUAACAGCCCAGUCACCAGCAAGCCCCCCGUCACCUUAAGGCUUGUUGUGCCAGCCAGUCAGUGUGGCUCUCUCAUCGGGAAGGGAGGCUCCAAAAUCAAAGAAAUGAGAGAGUCUACAGGGGCCCAGGUUCAGGUGGCGGGGGACAUGCUUCCUAACUCCACUGAGCGUGCUGUGACAAUCUCGGGAACCCCAGAAGCCAUCAUCCAGUGUGUCAAACAGAUCUGUGUGGUCAUGCUGGAGUCCCCACCAAAAGGUGCCACUAUCCCUUAUCGCCCAAAGCCUGCCUCCACCCCAGUCAUUUUUUCUGGUGGCCAGGCCUACACAAUUCAGGGACAGUAUGCCAUACCACACCCAGAUUUUCAGCAGUUGACCAAGCUCCACCAGUUGGCUAUGCAGCAAACCCCCUUUACCCCUCUCGGACAGACCACCCCUGCUUUCCCUGGUACGUACCCACAACGUUUGGAUGCCAGUCCACCAGCCAGUACCCAUGAACUCACCAUUCCUAAUGAUCUAAUAGGCUGUAUUAUUGGACGCCAGGGAACCAAAAUAAAUGAGAUUCGACAGAUGUCUGGGGCACAGAUCAAAAUUGCGAAUGCCAUGGAGGGUUCAUCAGAGCGGCAGAUAACCAUCACAGGGACCCCUGCUAACAUCAGCCUGGCUCAGUACCUCAUCAAUGCCAGAAUCUAACAGCUCCUGCUCUCUCACAACUCCAACGGCAGGUUCAGAGACGUGGCCGCCAUGUGGAAUGACCCAUCGUCCAUGACUACAUCCUGAAGGCAGCCAAAAUCUGGCUCUAACUUUAUCACCUCUUUUCUUUAUUUCUUAUUAGCUUGGAGCGACAAAGUACUUUGUUAAAACCUGUUUUCUGCGUAUUGAUGUAAAAAUACUUUGACAUUUUGAGAAACAUGCUUAUCUUGCUGUUUAAUAUAGAUAAAGAUUAGAAACAAGAAUCCUUUCAUUAAAGCCGUCAUAUAUUAACUUAUUUAGCUUAGCAUCAGAAACAUCUUAACCAUAAACCUGAAAUAAGGAUUAGUUUCUGUAAGUAAACAACCUUUUAAUCUAGAUAUAUGCUGCCUGUCCAAAACAGUCACACAGUUCAAUAUUUUGUUGACCUGUGUUUCGAUUACUAUUCUCUAUAGUAUCGUUUUGAUAAGCUUCUGCUUUUAUUUUAGAAUCAACUUUUUGGCCAGGUUUGUUUUUUUACCCAGAUCUUUUUGAGACGAUGGGACACUCAGACCGCUGCGUAAACACUUCUUCAGCACAUCCCGAAGACUCUGAAUGUUAUGAUUCUGGCACGUCUGCUCUACCCUGUCUCCCUGGCUGCAAUCAGCAGAUUAGAUGCACCUGGUGGCUGCUGCAGUUUAGUGCAAUCUAUGUCACGCCAAGCACCAGUGUCUUCCCUGAUAUAUACUGACUCUGACAAGCAGACGGUGCCAGAUUUUUGAAAGCCAUUGUGUGAGUAGAUAUCCAGCGUUCCUUCCUGUCUGAUCAUUGUUCUUGACCUUGCCUUGCCUUUU